AUGUCGAAGCUCUUCAUAGGCGGCCUUGCGUGGCACACCGACGAUGCUACCCUUCGUCAGAAGUUUGAGGAAUUCGGCCAGGUCGAAGAAGCGGUCGUCGUGAAGGAUCGCGACACGGGCCGCAGCCGCGGCUUCGGCUUCGUGCGCUUCACCCAGGAGGCUGACGCCGAAGCUGCCAUCCAGAACAUGAACAACGUCGAUUUCGACGGCCGCACCAUUCGCGUUGACAAGGCGUCUGACCGCUCCGCCGGCGGCGGCGGCGGCGGCGGAUUCCGCGGCGGUUACAACGGCCCCCGCGGCGGAGGCUUCGGUGGUGGUGGUGGCGGUUAUGGCGGAGGCUAUCAAAGCCGUGGUGGUUACGGCGGCGGCGGCGGCGGCGGUAACUGGGGCCAGAGCCAGGGCGGCUAUGGCGGCCAGCAAUCCUACGGCGGCGCUCCUGCAGGCGGCUGGGAUCCGAGCCAGGGCCAAGGAGGCCAGCAAGGCGGCGGCCAGUGGUGA